CUUACAACCAAACAAAAUGGCCGAUGUUCAUUGAAAUAACUUGUUGAAAUUUUAAAAGAAUUCGCCGUAAACUGAAAAUGUCUAAACGGGAACAAAGUGAUAGAAGUGAGAGGAAAUUGGACUCAAGUGAUUAUGAAAAUCUUAUAUCGCAGCACAGUAUAUUUGAGCGGACUAAACACCAAGAAUUGCCCAGUUUUCCUGGGUUUUCUAAUGCAGAAACUCAAACAAAGCCUGGUGACAUAAAAGGUCAAGGAGUACAGUCAGCUUUAGGCCCAUGGCACUAUAAUCCAUGGUGGAUGUUGGCAAGCACUUCAAGGACCACUCCAUCACACGAUGAUUUUUCAGAAAAUAGUGACCAGGCUAAGGUUAAGCAGGAACCCAGAGGAGCACCAUCCCCCGAACGUGAUCCUUUAGGGGGUGACCUAGACCACUACAGAAGCACUGUGACACCACCUGUAGGAUUAGACUCAUUCUGUGAUGAUUGCUCAGAUCCAUUUUGUGAUUCCAGUGCUGCAAUCUGUCGGAAGCUAUUUCAUUGUCCACAUUGCAGAAAGAGCUAUCCCACUAUUCUCGAAUUUAACACACAUCUAACUGGUGUACAUCCUGCGCAAAAGCCAUUUAGAUGCCAAAUCUGCUUGGAACCCUUUCACAAGAAAUCACAUCUAAGAAGACAUUUAGAUGCUAAUCACACUCGCAAAGAUGUAAACAAGUGUUCAGUAUGUUCAAAGUACAUCAAAGAUAAGAGUAACCUACGUAAACAUAUGCAAGUCCAUACUGGCAGAGUACCUCAGAAGCAGUUCAAAUGCGAUCUUUGCAAUAACAAACGCUAUAUGUCAUUAGACAGACUCAACAACCACAAAGUGGUUUGCACUGGAGAGAAAGUGCUGAAAUAUUGCGAUAUGUGCCCAAAGGUAUUUGACAACUCCAGGUCAUUAAAUAGCCACAAGAAAGUCCAUGCCCGAGAGCUCAAGUGUGACAACUGUGGAGAACAGCUUCGUUCUUUGGAACAAUUUACAAACCACAAGAUGAUUUGUCAGGGAUCAUCGGAAGCAGGGAUCGGUGGAGGACUGAGCGGUGCGCCAAGCUCUGCCACCUCAUCAGGCAACCGCUGCUGCACACAGCCUGGCCUGUGCGAGCAUGAUAAGCCUGCGUACCUCAACAUCCCCGGCUAUGCAGCUGGCAGAGUGCUUGAUGCAACAAUCUCAUCGUUAAAAUCAGAAUUGAACUGAUUAAGCAGCCUACACACAUGUCCAUAAAAAAGGUAUAACUAAUUUCAUUUUUUUACAUGAUUACCAAAUAGUUGAAAUGAUGACAGUAAAAAAUAAUUUUCAUGAUUGAGAAUUACACAAGACUGAUGCAAAUAUCCCGCCUCACGACUUGCUUUAUUAUUACCAUUUAAAGUUUAGAAUUUAGUUAGUAGUUUAGUACAGUUAGAUUAAGCGGUAUAGCUACUAGAUCAUGUUCUCAUGUAUGAAAAACUGAUAAAAUAUUGAAGUGGAGGAGAUGAAAUGACUCCUCAUGCUAGCAUAUAUUCAUAUUAUCAGUUUACAUAUAUUUGAAUGUGUUCAAAUUGUUAUCAGGCUAUAAUUUUAUAUCUUAAAAUUAGUACACCAAUAAGAAAAUUGUUCCACGAUAAAGCUUUAUUGAUAGGGAAUCAAACAUUCAAUAUUCACAUACUUAUAUAUAUUUUUUAUUUGUCUUUAACAACAACAAAUAUAUUUUUUAUUUGUCUUUAACAAUGCCUCGACUGAUUUAGAGUUAAAUUAAUGUGCAGUAUUAAGUUAAUCACUUUUUUAUUUUUCUAUUUUAAAGAUUAACUUUAUUAUUUGAUAACCUUUAGAUAAUAAGUUUUUGAAAUAGAGUGGUAUGUGGAUGCGUUAGGUUAACCUAUAAAUGUUUUGUUAAACUUGUUUAGGGCUCCAUAAGUCGAGUAUGAAGGCACGCAAACAAGCGGCACUAGCUAUGGUGUAGCAGUCGUAAACAAUUUACGCUUUUGUGUGCAAUUAAUAUUUGAUAUAUGCAAUAUAAUAUCUCAAGUACUAAGAAUUUCGGAUAAUUCAAUUGACCAAAUGUUACAAACGAUUGCCUCUAAAUGUGUGUUAUGGCCCUACAUAUAUACUCCAAUCCAAAGACAAAAAUAGAAACAUUUAAGUUUCAACUUUAAUACUACUACUGUAUUUCUAAUUUGAAUAUUUUCUAUUUGAGUAUUUACUUUUAAACUUAUUUUUGUUUCACAAAAAAUUAGAUAAGAAACUGUAUAGUGCAAUGAACCUUUGGCUAAGCCUUAAGCAUAUAAUGGUUAUAAAAAUAUAUAUUAAUAUGUUCUUAUUCCAAAAUAUUAAUUUAUUUUUUAUUGUUACACACUUAAUUAUUAAUUGCUAUGUAUACCUACACAUGUGUCUACAUAUAUAAGUAUGUAGUUGGUAUGUUCUCUAAAUCAGACAUUGGCUACUGCUAAGUGGCGGUUGGCGUAGAUAGCUGCAUUCGGCUCUAUUCGGAACAUGUACAACCGUACACGCUGUUUGGGCAUUUUAUAUGUUCAUACAAAAUAUUCAUUGUAUCAGUUGAUACAUAAAAAUCGUUUUUCUCUAUUUUGCGUCGAACAUUAAUAUUAAUACAUUUAUUAAGUUUGGCUACACUUUAUUUCAUAUGUAUUAAAUAAUAAGAAUAAAACUAUACUUAAUGUACAGCCAGCCUCAUAUAUACAUUUAUAUGGUUAAAUAAUCUAAACCUUACCUCUUGUAUUUUACCUUUUGACGUCUGUAAUUGAAACCUUUCGAAUGGAACUGGUAUUGGCGGCAGAUACUUUUUAUUUGGUACUAUUUUUGUUACUCUAUUAGGCCAAUCAUUAAACCUAAAAAUAGCGUUGGAGCAAACUCGGAUUACACACAUUUAGAACCGAAUGAAAGUAUUAAAAAGAUUUCUGGCUUGCUGGGAAUUAAUUCUUCGAAAUAAUAUAAUUUGAUUGGCCUAUAUACAGUGUGUCGAAAAUUAGUUGGGAUUUGCGUUUAAAACUCAACUAAUGUCCAUUGUAAUGUGUACUAAGAAUAAAAUAGAGUAAACUGGCAGCAGCAGCAGUGACAGCAACGAAUAUAUGGUUGUUCAGUUCUUCCAGAGUCACUCUGCAACAUUCAAUAAAUAUUUUAUUAUAUAGGUAUUGAGAAAACGGACGGCGAACAUACAUAUUUAUUGUAGUUGUUUUUUCUCAUUUACCUUAUAUGUACAUAGUAAAUGCUGGUCUACCUAAACAUAAGUUGUAUUAAUAUUUGAUUUUCAUAAGUAGUUUACUGUUUUUCUACACAAAUGAUGAUCAUUUUGAUAAUGUUCUAUUUUUAUUUGUGACCAAAAAUAUUACAAGGCUCUUUGUUCACUAAAAUAGUGAAACAACCAAAAUUCUAUUAAAAAAUACAAUAAACUAGUAAAGUUAGCCCCCAUUCGGACGGGAGCUUUUUCAAUGCGCGUUAAAAAAGCGUUUGAAUGACACAAAUAGAUAACCAUGUAUGUAUUCACACGACAGCGGUGGCGCUUUUUAUCAAGCAUUGUUGGAUUUUCGACUUUAAGCCUUGGUCGUUAAGUCAAUUUAGAGUGUGGACAGAUUCAAGCGCUUUUUUAACGCGCGUUGAAAAAGCUGUCGUGCGAAUGGGGGCUUAUUGCUAUAUUUUAAUUGUCUGUUGAUGUCCGGCUUGAGCCAUAAAUGUUACUUAUUGUGUCGACUGUGUCGUAAUGUCAUCAUAGCCUUAGGUAGAUCCAGGCGGGCGUUAUAAACGUCUGUAACCUGUAAGAAAGAGGAACCAAGUCUCUCCAACAAAUGGGGUUGAAAAGAGACUUCUGGUGGAGGCCUUUUCAUUACUGCCCACGUAUUACGAGGCUAAACAAUACUUAGUAGGGCUUGGUAAUCAAGUACCUAAAUCGAUAGUCCCAGUCUUGCUAAUUUUUUAUAAAUAUUAAUUGAAUUUUGUUUGUUGACCUUUUAAAUAAAAAUCUAUAUUGAGGCUUAUUAUAAAUAUUCGUUUGUUAUCUACUAUUUACAAUUGUUUAAAUUCAUAUUUAGCUUCCGAGGUAAUUAUGUAGUAAUUUUAGUUAUAGUUUACAUUACAGUUAAGUACCAUGUUUCGGUUCUGCCAAUAGUUAUUUUGGUCUUAUAUUUGAUAACAUAGACUAUUAAUCUAGAGUUAAAAUUAUCCCACCAUCACUACCUAAAUGGUUUUGAUCAGUUUGUAAUACAAAGAAAAUAAUAAUAUGUAUCAUUGUGUAUUAAGUGUGUAGCUAAUUUGAGUAGUAUUUCUAAAUGCUUGUUUCUUUACUUUAAUUUUGUAAUUGAUGAGUGGUUUUUCAGCAAGGUAUGUCAGCAAGACAGUUACAGGAAAAUAUGGCUACAUUACGGUAUCGGGAAUUAUACUCCGAUAACUCAGAGUCAAUUAUAUAUAGGUAUAACCAUCUAUGUUCAUAGAUUUUAGACCUGUAAUGUAUCACCAUAAACCAAAGACAAAACAAACUCUUCAAAGUAUGCAAAACUUCAACGGUAUAACGGACGGACGUGUAAUCGAAGUAACGUUCUCAUUUUAAAAAGACAAGCUUAAAUUCGGCGAAGAAAAACAUCGUGAGGAACUAAUCCCAAUAAGGCCUGGUUUACCCUCUGGGUUGGAAGGUCAGAUGGCAGUCGCUUUCGUAAAAACUAGUGCAUAUGCCAAUUCUUGCGAUUAGUUGUCAAGCGGACCCCAGGCAGGCUCCCAUGAGCGGUGGCAAAAUGCCGGGACAAGGAAGAUAUAGGCCCCGUGCAAGAACUAUAGGGGGCAGCAUAGGAGCCGUCAGAUUUUUGGCGCGAGGGCGUAAAUGUGUCUAUGCUUCCGAUGUAGCCCACAAGAUGGCAGAACCUGCUAUGCACAAGAAAACGUACCGACGAGAACGGUAGAUGGUAGCACUUGCUUUGGCAAUGUACAUGUGCACAUAUGUUUCCGAUUCAGGCCACAAGAUGGCAGACCCUUGUCUGGUAGGUACUAGUUUUUGUUGCUGAAAAUUGUUUUACAAAUAAUAUAAGAGUAAGUAGAAGUUCUAUAUGUAAAACUUCUACUCGCUCAAUUUUUUUGUGCAGUCACCAUGGAAUAUAUCGCAGGUGGUCACAACUAUCUGUACACGCUUCUGUUGUCAAGGCGUUAGAGCGCGUGUUCAGAUAUUUUAGAGCACCUCGGCCGCUCCGAUAUAUCUAAUGGCGACUGUAUUACAGUUUCUAUAGUUCGUUUUUUUUAGCAUUAGAAAGAACUCCACAGAAGCAAGCGUGCAGUUUUUAUCAGGCUCUUUAAUUGUUAAUAAUUAUUGAAUUAUCUAAUGUAGCAUGGUCAAUACACAUAAUUUACUUCAAAUUAUUACCGCUAAAAGUGCCGGAUUUGGAACCACAAGCUUACUUCUGCGAAGUUCUUUCUAAUGCUAAAAAAAAUGGACUAUAGCAAAUACAACUAGUACCAUGCAUAGAUACCUAGGUAUAUGUUAAUUGAAUGGUCAUGCUAGUUCGAACUCGUUUUAAAAUGAGCGUAACUUCGAUUGUAGUGCGGCGGAUAGGUUCGUCGCUAAUCCAACAAGCAUUUAUUUCAUACAGAGAAAUUGAGGUUGUUCAAAAUAAUUUAUACAGGUAAAAUGUGUUAACUCCCACAGCCAGCAAAUACUUAUUUGAUUAAAUUAAAUUUAGAUCGACCUGCCUCUUAGCCCAUUGAACAGUCCGAAAAAAAUAUCCAACAUUAAAUAAGUAUUCCAACUACGUUAGCGUGCUUGUUCUCUCUUUAUAACAUCCCAGGUCUUCCAUUUUGUGUACUCCUAAAUGCGCAGGCUUAUAUUUUUUUCUUUUAAAUCAACAAAACUCCACUAACUGCUUUUCAAUCAACUUAUUUUUAAUAAAGCCCAUAUUAUUGAGGCGACAACGAUUCCUGAAUGUAAACAAACUCCUUAUAAUUUGCACCCAGUGCGCACUUGUAUCGGUCUCUUUUCUCGCGCUGAUCUUAUUUUAAGGUUAAUCUUGAUAUAAAAAUAAUAUACAAACCAGAAAUGGCUAUCAUAAAUAAACCGAAUUCACGUUUGUAUUACUGCUGAAUCAACCGGUUAGACAUCAACCAUUAAGAAAACUCAAUCAAUGUGUUGUAUCGGUAGUUAUUAGAUUGGUGUGGAUUUUAUUUUACAGGUAGAUUUAAGAAAAAAUGUGUUCAUAUGAUUUUAGUAUAUCAUAGUAUAUUUUUAGUAAUGUAAUUUUAUUUUCACCAGAUUUUUUCGAGAGGCGGAAGGUAAUUUUGCGGUCAGUUAUGUAUAGUGUUGUAAAUUCUCGAAGUAAAUAGUAUUUUUUUAUAAUCGACACUAUUAUCCUAUUGGUCGCUUUUAAAUUGCUGUGCCGUUGACGGUAAACUAAAAUUGACUGCAUAAAACGUGGCAUGGCCGUGGACAUCCAUGUUAAAUUGUAAAAGUAUCCAUUAGGAAACAACAGGCGACUCUAAAAUUAUAACAAAUUUUCUUAAGCAAGUGGGUUUUAUGGUUUUCUUAGAAAACUAUAUACAGUACUUAUUUGGACACAGGGAGACUUCGUAGACAAGAAAGCGGGUCGUUGCUAAAAGUGCUGUCGAACUCGAGCCUGUUACAACACUAUUUUUAGAUAUAUAGCAAAUAGCGCAGUAGGUAUCUCAUGGCAUUUCCUGUCUACUGGAGUGCUUCGCCAUAUUAUGUACCUUUUAGCAUUCAUGUACCACCGACUAAAACAAUCUGUAAACUUUCUGCUCAGCGUCAGCGCUGCUAGGGAUUAAUUAUUUUGCUUGGCCGUGAGACCUUCAUCCGCCCCUCGUGUGAAUGGUGCAGACUUCCAAUAGGUACAUUCUGCUGCACGAUAAAUGAUAAAAGAUUCAAACAACAUCAAUGUAAUUCCAUAUUUUGAUUGUUGCUUUAUAAUUGGUUUUAAUCAAUAAUCUUUACAUUUACAUAAUGUUCUACACACAUAAUAUUAUUUUAAUGGUCAGCUAGAAUUAAGCUUACGCACUAUUAUAUAUUGGUCUAAUACAAUAACAUACGAGAAUAUAUUACGUAUACCUUUCACCAAUAAACGAAGUUUCCUUACUGUU